GAACUACGUUCCAGCAUUUACAGACAGCAGUAGCUCUGGAACAGUAUAUACUUCUACUGACAGUAGAAGAAAUACUGGCGUUCGCAGUGUAUGACUAGUGGUAUUUUAUUAAAACCUGCGUGUACUGUUUCCAUAUACUUCCGUUAGCUAGCAUUCGCAUCUUGAAUUAAAUGAGAAACAUGUUUGAAUAUAGCUUAACGUUAGCUUAGCUAGUGUUAGCUGUCACAGUGUUGUAGCGACUGUGUGACACGCCAUCAUCUUCCUAAUCACCACCAGGGAUAUCCUGCUGCGGACAGGUUGGUUGAAGCUUUGCUGGACACUACUCAGAGGACAAAGUCAGGGCAGAAUGGUGACAUGUCUUGGGGACUUUUGGGAACAUUGAAGUGUAUACGUAAAAGAACUUGAUUGGUCUUACAUGAGGUUGCUGUUUGAUCACUGAAGCAAUGGCCAGUCCUAAUGAUCUACAAUUCCAAGAGUUCGAGGAAGCAGCAGAGCUGUUGUCUGCAGACCCGGGGGCCUCCACGCUCAGUAUGUCCGGAUCCAGCACCAGCACUCCAGCAGCCACAACCGUAGGAGGGGAGGAUGUGAAACUAGACCUCUCAGAGGAUGAGGAGGGCCGGGAGGAGAGUUCAGAGCUUUUAGGAGGACAGAAACCAAGCGGUGGCUUCUGGACCUUUGAGUACUAUCAGUCCUUCUUCAACGUGGACACAAUGCAGGUUCUGGACAGAGUCAAGGGCUCAGUGAUGCCGUUACCUGGAAGAAACUUUGUCAAACACCACCUACGGAGUAACCCAGAUCUGUAUGGUCCAUUCUGGAUCUGUGUGACUCUGGUCUUCUCGGUAGCCAUCAGUGGGAACUUGUCCACCUUCCUCAGCGAGCUGGGGAACCCGUCGUACCACUACAGACCCCAGUUCCACAGAGUGACCAUCGCUGCAGUAGUGAUCUUCAUGUACGCCUGGCUGGUGCCCAUUGGCGUCUGGGGUUUCCUGACCUGGCGGCAAGGGGCUGAGAGGCAGAUCGGAGGCUAUUCCUUCCUGGAGACGGUGUGUGUCUACGGCUACUCCCUCUCCAUCUACAUCCCCACCUCGGUUCUGUGGAUCAUUCCGUUUGAGUGGUUGCGCUGGACACUGAUCGUGGUUGCCAUGGUGAUCUCCGGCUCGGUCCUGGUCCUCACCUUCUGGCCUGUUGUCCGCGAGGACACCAAGGUGGCGGCGGUGGCGACGGUUGUGACCAUCGUGGUUUUGCACACGCUGCUGGCUGUGGGCUGCAAGAUGUACUUCUUCCAGACAGCGGUCCACGUACCGACAACGGCCCCUACAACCCACCCGGUUGCCAUAACGAUGGCCACCAAAGCCCACUGACCAAUAGAGAGGAAAUGAAGGCUGUCUGUUGUGUUAGGAAUCACGUGCAGAUAUUAAACCGUGUAGAGACAGGCGGGUUUGGGCUAUGUUGGUUAUUGCCAUUGUGUCAUCUGUCAAGUUCUCUGUGUGAUGAAGCGCUGGGAUGCGUGUGCGUGUGCGUACGCGUGUGCGUGUGUGUGUGUGAUAGCUCCUGAGGUGUUUCUACUCCGACUGCAUCAGCACUUCCUCUGCAAUAAUUGAACAUUUCUACUGUGAUGUCUCGGGACGUGGUGCAUGGCUUCCUUAACGCUGUGAUUCCCCGGGAAGAUUCAAACAGGACUUUAAAAGAGACCCACUCAUCACUUCUGAACUAAAAACAAUCAUAAAUCAAAUUAUUCCUUCUUACGAGAAAUCAGAUGGACAACACUUAGAGAAAAGAGUUGCACCGGGCUGUGGCAUCACGUCAGUACUUGUUGAAUAAAUUCAUUAUUUCUUAGCAACAAAAAGGUCUAAAGACAGUAAAACCAGGGAUUGUUUUA